CAGAAAGUAGAAACCAGGUUGUGUCCCAAGCAGUAGACAAACAGACGCAGACUUUAUUGCCUACAAAGCUAGUUUGCCUUAUCAUUUUCCUUCGUCAGCUCGUGAUAAUAUUGAAAAAGAUGGCUGACAGCGAUAGCGAUGGUCCCUGUGAACCUGCUCUGGCAAUUGAUGAAAGUGUAGCGGCAGACAUGGAUCUCAACGUUCCCGCAACGUCUGGCAACGAGUAUCUUCGUCGUGUCAGAUUGGAAGCCAUGGAGUGUCCCAAAGUUGUUGUUGCUGACAUGGAUACAAGUUCUUUCCUAACCCAACAGACAGUGAAAGUGUCAGAACCAGGAGGUCUGCUGCCAGUUCCAGUGUCGUACAAGGCGCCAAUGUCCUGGCAGAGAAUGCAGGUAGCGGAGUUUGCAGCCCUGAGACAGAAACUGAUCCAGUUCAAAGCUCUGCUCAAGCAAAAGAAAAUAAAUGUUCCGUCUCCAAAACUGCCUCAAGCCAACGACGCUGACACCUGGUGCCGUUUGUGCUUUGGUCGACUCAAAGUGAAAAUAGACCAGGGUGAUAACUCAAGCACCAAUGCAUCAUCUGAGAAUGAGAAAGUGCCGGUGGAUUCCCCAGGGGAAGGGACGCCUCCGCUGUUACACAUUGUCGCUCACAUGAACCAGCAUCAGGUGACCUGUGUGUUAGAGUACCACACCAACUGGCUGGAGGCUACAGGGUUCACAUCUGCGCAGGGUCGCUGGUUCUACGCUUUAUUGGCCAACCUGCAGAAACCUCUCAGUCCAGAAGUGUGCUCCUGGCUGCGUCGCUUGGCACGUCUGUGUUCCAACAUCAGAGCUUCUCUGGAGGAUGUUGAUCAGCCCAUGCUGAAGGAAUUGAACCUGAUCAUCUGCCUUGUGUCUCGUUACUUUGACCAGAGGGAUUUGGCCGACUCCUGACUCACAGACUCAUGUCUCCCGUGAAUCACACAGCUGCAGAAUGAAAUAGUGUACAUACUUUUGAAUUUAUGUAUGAUUUGAAUUUUACCGUUGGCGUUAGUUUGUUGCCUUCUUUGGUGUGCUGAUGGUAAUGUGUGAUGUGUUGAGAGAGGGCCCUUGUCUGGUAUUGUGAAAGUUGUGUGAGGGAAACGGUCGGUUUGAAGGUGAAGGGUUGGACACACAACAUCAUUAAUUGUCUGAUUUGUUGUUGUUGUUCUCAAAUCCCUUUAGCUGCGAGCAUUUCGCUCUUGGCAGCGCAAUGCCUCCCUCAAGUAACCACAUGUCCUUGUCAAAUUGUAUCAUUAAAAAGUGACUGCUUGCCUUCUCUGUCUAGUGAAAGGGGAGGUUGUUAUCAAUUCUUCUCUGUCUAGUGAAAGGGGAGGUUGUUUUAUCAAUUCUUCUCUGUCUAGUGAAAGGGGAGGUUGUUUUAUCAAUUCUUCUCUGUCUAGUGAAAGGGGAGGUUGUUUUAUCAAUUCUUCUCUGUAUAGUGAAAGGGGAGGUUGUUAUAAAUUCUUCUCUGUCUAGUGAAAGAGGAGGUUGUUAUCAAUUCUUCUCUGUCUAGUGAAAGGGGAGGUUGUUAUCAAUUCUUCUCUGUCUAGUGAAAGGGGAGGUUGUUAUCAAUUCUUCUCUGUCUAGUGAAAGGGGAGGUUGUUAUCAAUUCUUCUCUGUCUAGUGAAAGGGGGGGUUGUUAUCAAUUCUUCUCUGUCUAGUGAAAGGGGAGGUUGUUAUCAAUUCUUCUCUGUCUAGUGAAAGGGGAUGUUGUUAUCAAUUCUUCUCUGUCUAGUGAAAGGGGAGGUUGUUUUAUCAAUUCUUCUCUGUCUAGUGAAAGGGGAGGUUGUUAUCAAUUCUUCUCUGUCUAGUGAAAGGGGAGGUUGUUUUAUCAAUUACUUCAGCGCCAGAGGGUUUCACACAGUAACUGUCUAGUGAAAGGGGAGGUUGUUAUCAAUUCUUCUCUGUCUAGUGAAAGGGGAGGUUGUUAUCAAUUACUUUAGUGCCUGAGGGUUUCACACAGUAACUGUCUAGUCAUAUUUGUUUCAGUAAGCUUGUUCAUUGUGUGAUUGGAAAACGGGUGUUGUUGUCAUGUUGUGCUUAUUUUCAUAGAGUAGAGGCAAGUGAUAUAUCAAAAUGGAGAUUAAAGGAUAAGGAACAAUAGUAUAGAUAAAAAUUGAAAGUAAACAGCACAGAAAUAGUUAAACAGGUAAACAGUUAUUGAAAGUGCUUCAAGGAGAGUUGAUUUAUGAAAGUCUUUUAUUGCAUUCACAGCCUUCCGGCUGGGUCUGCAUUAUUGUUAUCCAUUUCUAAUUCCUGAUCAAAUAAAAUAGGUUUGUUUCUGUACACAUUUACAGUUUUACUUUUCGUAAUAGUUUUACGACACUUGCAACACAAUAAGGUCAUAUAAGUGCCGAAGAUUAGAGGUUUUACAAAAGAGUAACAAACAAACACAAAAAAGGAGGAGAGAGUAGGACAAUAGAUGUUUGAUAGGAAAGAAGGAGCAAACCACACCAGAGCACCCACCAACCACCCUCAUUUGCAGUUUGAAAGUCUUCCAAUUUAUUAUGAUUUUGUGCUCAUUUCUGCAAUGUCUGUGUAAAUGAAAAUAAAACUGGAAAUAUAACGAAU